AUGACAGAUGUGUGGUCAACGCCAUCGAUUGGAGGUGAAAGUAUGUCUCCGUCGUGUCGCCCACACAGCUCCAUCAUCGCCACUACAUCCAUUUAUGAGCUGCCGCCAACGUGUGUCGCAAAAGCCGCUGCACUGCUACGGGGUCAGCCAGAUGCUUUGGAAUCGUUUCUGGCCCAGCCACACUGUGCCAGAGCAUUGUGGCUUCAAGGCCUUGAAAAGUCGGACGUUUUAUCGACCGCGAGCAACGCGAGUGGUGUGAAGCCGGCAAGCCCGAGAAACGUGCCAGGGCAAUCACCACGAACGCGAUAUGCAAUGCAACUUCUGGGGCAAGUGAUUUGGGAGGCUGAGCUGUGCACGGGCACGCCAAUGAAACAGACUGAGGGUUGCGAUCGGACAUCACCACGUCAUUUCAACAGAAGCCAUGGCGAACAUAGCUCAUCACCUGAAGUCAGGACGUGUGUGGAUGGGAGUUGUGGCCGGCCGAGGACGCGUCCCAGACCUCAGUCUGCCCACGUUCGGACGACCGAAGCGCCGGAAGACAUUGGAGACCUCCGGCGUUGGGAAGCCAAACUGUCCUUUGCAGUGUACCUUAAAGCACAGCACCACAAAGAGGUGAAAGAAAGAGCCCGAUCACGGAACUCACGUAUUGAAGCAGUACGAGCCACUGGUGCCCAGAUGAAGCAGGAGCACGCGGAUCGACAGCAGUCCCAAUGGCAGUGCCGUAGCAAGGGUCAUGAGGAGCGCAUCGCUAGAAGCAAAGGUGCCAAGCAAGAAAUUUCAGAGCUCAUGACGAACGCGGCUGCUGUAAGGCAAGCAGUUCUUGAGACGAAUCGUCGCAAGAUAUUCCUGCAGCAGGAGGAGUUGAGGAGCCAACGCAUCGAGCAGGAGUCAAGAAGGCAGUCGGAAGCUGAGCAGAAGCGCCGUGCGCUUCUGCAGGAGAAAGGUGUUGGAAGAGCAAAGCUGCGAGCGACGCGAGAGAUUUCGCACAAGCAGGCUUUGCGUUUGGAACGCAUCAGAUGUGUUGAGCGCGAAACGCUGCGGCAGAAACUGGAGAACAAAUCUCCAUCAGCCACUCCGUCCGUGUCACCCCGUGCCCGAAGUCGACCCAGCAGUGCCAGAAUCUCACAGCCGCAACCGCUGCGCAUCCCGCACCCGCCUUUCAGCAAAGCGCCGGCAGCACGAAGGCCUGUGGUCCAUGGUUACAAGCCUGACAGUAGUGGAUGCGAUUGGGAGCCGCUUGUUGACAAAGUUCCAGAGCCAUCCUUGAUGCCUUGGCCACGAUGUGCGGAUACCGUGGUGCAGGACGAAAGCACGCAAAGGAGAAGGCCUAGUUCGGCACAUGGGGUCGACUGGUGCGCAGGACGAACGAGACCAGCGCCGGAACCGUCAGGAACGGCGGCGGCUUCUGGUGAUGUUUUGGGUGCAGAGGGCCUCUUCCCAAUGUUGGGUUUCCGAAUGGUACCUACAGAUGAUGUAUUGGAGGAGCAGCUGGCAGCAGCCGCCAAAUCUUUCCAUGAUGAUCUUGGGCCAUGGGCCGCUGAUAGACCCAACAUUGAGCCAGAGGAUGCGGGACCAGCAGCUCCACAUGUUGUCCCGAUUGAGUUCAUGGAAGACGGACAGCAACGCAAUGAGGAGCUGAACCCAGACCAAGCUGUUACGAUUGUGGCCGAUGCAGAUGCAGAUGGAUUGGCUGAGAACCCAGGAACUGGGCAGCGAACCUACAUGGAAUCGCUAGAUCGAGAUCCGCAUGCCGUCAGUGCAGCAGCAGCUGACCUCGCUGCUGACCAGCCGGGAUUGGAAGCUGCGACAGACCAAGCCCGGAUAAACCAUGCUGUGAGGCUGUUCGUGUACGAGAAGCUGGCGCAUGAACCUUCACAGUGGCAGUGCUUGGAUUCCUGGGAUGCGCCAGCCCAAGGCACUGCCGAGGACACUUCCAAGCAGGUUCUGAGCACAGAGGCUGUCGAAAUUACCUCUGGGCAAAUUCCGCUUGCUGAUGGCACUCCGGUUGCCUGGGGCGUGACCGAAAGCAAAUCAGUGCAAGAGACUGAGGGCAAGUCGUCACCUAGCCACAACUCGCAGGUGAGAUUUGAUGAGGCAUCUCACAAGUCCAUGGACAUUCCAGAAGUGGAUGUCAUGACAGCAGGGAUGGCUGCAGUGAACUCGAAGAGGGUCCCCCCAGGAAGCGAAACAAGCAGCCAGAGCUCGUGCUCGAGGAGCUCUUAG